AUGGAGUCCACCAAUGUGGGUGAUGCGUACGCGGAAGACCGGUCUUCGAACGGCGCGGAGGGGAAUAGGUCGAUGGACACCUGCCGAGGGUCGUCGCUGUGCUCGCAGCUCAGCAGCGACGAUCGCGGUGAAGACAUCCAUGCGCAGCGCAGCGACUGCCUGGCUGUUACUUCCAGCAGUAGUAGCGACACCAUCUUUGCGGACGACGAGGACGACGCUCCUGUGAGUCGUCGUGCACUCCACAGCCGCGUGGGCAAAGCUGGGAGCGCUGCCGAUGUCGCCGCUGGUCCAUCCCCUGUGGAUGCGGACGACGACAAAGACGCCGAAACGGUGCCAACAGCAGUGGGGCUCAUCAACGAGGGCUGUACCUGCUACCUUAACUCACUGCUGCAGCUGCUCUUCCACAUCAGCUACUUCCGCACCGCAGUCUACCGCAUCCCUGUCGAAGGCGACGACGGGCCGUCAGUGUACAAGGCACUGCAGGAGACCUUCUUCCAGAUGCAGGAGCGCACCACGCCGGCGCGCACCACUGUGCUGACCAACGCCUUUGGCUGGGGCCGCAAGGAGCUGUACGUGCAGCACGACAUCCAGGAGAUGGCGACUCUGCUGCGCGACAACUUGGAGGAGCGGAUGAAAGGCACCGUGACGGAAGGCGCUAUCAACCAACUGUUCGAGGGGCGUGGCGAGCAGUUCGUGGAGACGCUGGACAAGUCGUACGUCUCGUGCCGCGCCGACACCUACUAUGACGUGCACAUCCCUCUUGGCCAGCACAGCACACUGCUAGGCAGUCUGACCUCACUCACCGCGCGCGAUAAGCUCGUCGGCGAGAACAAGUACCGUGUGGAACGGGAGGGGAUGCCGGUGGUGUACAUGGAUGCCGAGAAGGGCUACAGCUACACUCGCUUCCCUGCCGUGACCUGGUUCCAUCUGAAGCGCUUCGCCAUGGACCUGACUUCUCCGACAUUGGAGAUGCGGAAGGUGAACACGCCGUUGGAGUUCCCUGUCGUCCUCGACCUGCGUUCUCUGGAGAAGCCGGACGCCGCAGCAGCCAGCGGUGGCGUGGGUGCUGGAAGCAAGUUGGGCUCCGCGGUUGUUCCUUUCAGCAGCGACUCGCCCGCCAUCUACGACCUGCAAGGGGUUAUCGUGCACCGCGGCACGGCACGCAGUGGCCACUACUACUGCUACAUCCGGGAGUGGGACCCGGUGGGGCAGCGUUUCUGCCGUUGGCUCGAGUACGACGACGAGAACGUGCGUCAGGUGCCGGAGGACGUCGCGGUGCGUGCCAACUACGGCCGCGGCGCCGGCUCGGCCGACAGCUUCCGCCACGACGCGUCGCUCAUGGGAGGGGCAAACGCGUACAUCCUCUCCUACGUGCGCCGCGCCGACGCGGCGGCGAUUCUCGCGCCGUCGCCGACCGACAUCGUAUCCGACCGGGUCAAGGAAGCGAUGCGGCGUGCCAUCCAGGAAGAAGAGCGACAGCUGCGCGAGGCCGAGGAAGCCCGGUUGUCCGUCACGAUGUACUGCAUCACUGAUGCCGCCCUCAGCAAGUACUGCGACUCCGUGUGCAGCACCGAACUCUUCUCCCGCGAUAUCCAGCAGUGGCGCCGGUUCGCUGACUGCGUCAUAACAGUUCGCAAGUCGGACACGCUGGCGGCGGUGUACGAGGCCCUGGCCGCGCAGCCGGAGAUGGAGCGGCGUGGCGUGACGGCUUUCAACUGUCGCCUGUGGCGGUGCACCGAUGGAUCGGCGCUGCGGCCGUCCAUAGCUCUUCCGACGUACGCGGAAAACGUCGAGCACAAGGGCCUCGCUCCUCAGCAGCCGCAGGAGUGCCUAAAGGAUUUCCUCACCCCGGAGGAGAACACCACCGCGCUGACGAUGUGCCUCUACGUCGACCAGGCGAAGGUGCCCUUGCCAGGGCUGCACGGCGUGACGAAGGAGUGGGGCCUGAUCCGCAGCAUCCAGCAGGACGACACCGGCCGCUGCUACACGGUCGAGAUGUCGAGCCCGACAGAGGCGAAAGCACUGCACAUCACCCUCGACCACUCCGACUACGCCGCCACAGUCGAGUACGUCGUCACGACCGACAAGGAAACGCUUCCUGUUGCGAUGGCUGCCGUCAUCGACGGCUGCAACACCGUCACCCUGUUGCUGAGCGAGUCGCGGCGGACGGUGUCGGUGAUGCUGACGUGCUACAUGCCAAACAAGCGGACGGUGGCCGUGCGCAAUGUGCACCUCGAGCUCCCGUUCGGGCACCCCCUCCUGCAGCCGGACCCUGCGGCAUCGACCGCCGCGCUACCGGUGCUACCCGUCGUUAGCUAUGACCGCGCCCUUAUCUUCUUCAAGUACUACGACUACUCCGCCAACACUAUCCAGUACGUUGGCAGUCGGGUCAUCGACAAGGCAGCCAAGACGUACUGUUGCGGGGCCGUGUACCGCGACUUUCUCGGCGUGUCGGACGACGCGGCACCAUCCCCAUCCGGCGUCCCAGUAGCAAGGCCGCAGCCGCCACCGCCGUCGAUGUUCCGCUUCUUCCUCGAGCGCGGCGACCACACACCGGUCGAGCUCAACGAGCACCUCGACUUGGGGGACUUCAAGUCCGGCUGGGUAGUGGUGGCGCAGCUGCGCGCGGUCCCCGCCUCGUAUCGCUACCUAUCUAUCCUCAACUACUACCGCGACACGCGCAACAGCCUCGACGUGCACAUCAUCGAGGUGGAGCGCAGCCACCGAGCAAACGACGACGCAUACCGCCAGACAACGCUGGAGCGGCAGCGCGGCGCCGUGGCGACGGCGACGGCGUCGUCCUCUGCAGCCAAGAAGGAGCGAACGUCGACAGGCGGUGCCGCUGAUGUCGCGCCGACAACCCCGCCUCUGCACUCGGCGGCGCCUGGCGGGGAGUCCGAGGGGGCCGCCGACGCCUCCACCACUGGCGCGCUGCAGCAGGGAGACUCGACAGCGCUGAUCAACAGCUCCGAGUCCGUGGUGUCGGAUGCGAAGAAGACAACGACACCGAGCACAGGCAGCACUGGCGACCGCGCCGUCACAGCAAACACGUCCACGACGUGCGGCAUCACGAGCAGUGUAAGUCCAACGCCGACGCUGGCCAUGGAUACCACUGGCAGCAGUGCCACCGCUGUGGCGAACGCGGCGGUGGAGGCCGACCCGAUUCGCAUCGCCGCCACGCUAAACCCGUACGAGGCGGUGCAGCUCCCCACGCUACACGAGAUUUCCGUGACGACGCUACCUACGGAGCACUCGUGCCGCAUGCUCUUUAGUUGGAACUACGAGGCCGUGUGCGCCGCCAUCGGCCGCACCAUCGCCUUCGACCCGAAUCGUCUGCAGCUGUACCAGUGCUGCAGCACUGGCGAGCCGGCGCCAGAGGUGUCGCCGACGCCGUACAGCAGCCGACUCACCGUGGCCGAUCUGCUCUACCUAGAUUCGUACAAUAAGACCUCGGUGUUGUACUACGAGCGACUGGCUGAAGCCCGCGAGCAACACCAGAACGUUGGCGUCGUCACCGCCACGCUGCGGGACCACGCGGGCCACGCGCUGCACCGCGAAACCUACAGCGUCGACCUCGCCAGCAUCACCCGCCAGGGCCUCGUGCGGCGUAUUUGCGAGUCUGUGCCGGCGUGGCAGCGCGAGGCGGACGUGUGGGGCACCAUGCAGGACACCCUUCAGUCACCGCACUUCACGCUGAGCUUCGUGGACUCAGCCAGGCACGUCAUCGCGGCGAUGCACGAGGUGGCCAUGUUCAAGACCGGCGCCGAGGAGUCCGCGCUGGAGGCGUCGGCGCUGCGCAAGUUCGAGGUGGAUAUACAAGCAGCGGCGCCGCUCCAGGGCACGGAGCAGCGGAUCGCCUGCUGUCACAUGAACUACUCGACGCACGACCGCAGCACGUUACUGGGACAGCAGCAGCAGCGCAGCGCUUUCGGGCAGCCGUUCCUCAUCACAAUCGACCGCACCACGACGGUGCGCGAGGCACUCGACAUAAUGCUGCAGACGACCUAUCUACCCAAGGGUGCGCUGAACAACGCCGAGGGCUUUGGGGUGAUGAUGGUGGCGGGGCAAGUAUACCACUUCGAGAACUGGGAGGAGCACGUGCACCUGUUCUGGGUGCACACCAAGAAUACGUCCCAGUACGUCGCCAGCCUAAUGCUGAACCACGCCAAGCCGCGCGAGAAGCCAGGUUCUCGCUACGUUGCCCAGCACAGCCCGCAGCUGAAGAUCUCUAAUAAGUAG